AUUUGCUUACUGGCACACGUGCCUCCCACCUUUUUCCGUGGAGUUUCCCAGUUCGGACAGACUUCCCCCCUCAGCUCUUUCCAGAGGUUGGGAGGGGAUAAGCUGUUACAAAAACCGACUCAAGACUGAAGCAUCUGUCAGUGUGGAAAAGUGAGGAGCAGACACAUGGACUGGAGGGCAUGGCAGUUGAUCCGUUUUCUCCGGAACUGAUGUGAAGAUUGUUGAAUUUGGCCCAUCGUGUUUCAACCCGGCUGUCUGCCAGAACCUGGUGGUGUUUUGUUAUUUCAGAUCCUCACAGUUGGAAGUGACAGACUGAGCAGCAUGUCAAAGAAUCCGGAGAGUGUGCCGCUUUGCCCUCUGAACUCAGCAGCUGCCACUGAGCUGGAGCCGCUGUGCAUCUUUGGGACGGGCGACUUGGGUCGAUCUCUGGGCCAGCGUCUGCUCCAGUCUGGCUACAAGGUGGUGUACGGCAGCCGGAAACCUCACAGCUGUGGCCCUUUGCCUCCAGGAACUCAGGCGAUGAGCCACAGUGCGGCCGCCCAAUCAGCCGCUCUGGUCUUUAUUUGCAUCCACAGAGAACACUACAGCUUCCUGGAGACACUUGCACCUCAACUCCAGGGGAAGGUGCUGGUGGAUGUUAGCAACAACCUGAAGAAGAAUCUAUACCCGGAGGCCAACGCUGAGUAUCUGCAGAGGCUCGUCCCUGGAGCUCAUGUGGUGAAAGCUUUUAACACCUUGUCAGCCUGGACGCUUCAGAACGGACCUUCAGAUGCCAACAGACAGGUGUACCUGUGUGGGAACAGUGCCGAGGCAAAGCAGGCAGUAGCAGAAACGGCCACCAAACUGGGCUUCACGGUUCUGGAUCGAGGUUCUCUAUCUGCAGCCAGAGAGCUGGAGGACUUCCCCCUGCAACUGUUUCCAGAGUGGAGGCUGCCUCUACGCAUCGCCGUCGGCCUCACCGCCGCCUUCUACUUCUUCCUGCUCAUUAGAAAAGUCAUCUACACAUAUGUUCAAAAGGGGGAUGACAUCUCCUUCAGAAUCAUGGUGUCCCUGGCGAACAAGGUGUUCCCCAUCGUGUCUCUCAUCAUGCUGUCCCUCUGUUACCUGCCUGGUGUCAUAGCCGCCUUCCUCCAGCUCUACAGAGGAACCAAAUACAGGCGUUUCCCUGACUGGUUGGAUCGCUGGAUGCUGUGCAGGAAACAGCUGGGACUGUUAGCGCUUGCCUUCGCCUUCCUGCAUGUGCUGUACACUCUCAUCAUCCCCAUAAGAUAUUAUGUGAGAAACAGAAUCACAAGCAGCACCAUCUUACUGAUCAAGCAGAACAAAACUUCACCGUUUGACUCCUCCAUGGCCUGGAGGAGCGACUCCUUCCUGUCUUUUGGGAUUCUGGGAUUCGGCCUGUACGUCCUGUUGGGAAUCACAUCUCUGCCCUCCGUCAGCAACGCUCUCAGCUGGAGAGAGUUCAGCUUCGUCCAGUCCAAACUGGGCUACCUGACGCUGUUCUUCUGCACCCUCCACACCUACCUGUACGGCUGGAAUACAUUCCUCAAGCCCACAUCCUACCCGUGGUACACUCCUCCGGGCUACUUGCUCUGUCUGAUCGUUCCCACCGUGGUGCUGGUGCUCAAGUUGCUUCUCCUCGUGCCUUGCGUGGACCGAAGCCUCACUCGGAUUCGGCAGGGCUGGGACAGAGCUAAUAAAGUGGACGACGGCGAGAAGUCGCUGCUAGCAUAAGACCGUCGCAGUUAGAGACACAAAUGCAGUGAUGUGAGCGGAAAACAUGGAGCCAAACCAUUCAGGGAUCGCCCUAAUAUAUGCAGUCUGAAUGACGCCUGUGCAAGAUCCCUUCAAUGUCAAAUGAUUCAAAAUGAUAUCAUCUCAACUUUAGCAGGCGAACUUUUGCUGGUAUGUAACAAAAACAACUAACUGUAGAUUUAAUAAGCUAAGAAAAAAUACAGACUCAGUGCAACAAAAGUCAACACAACUUUCAUUACUGAGAGUCAAAUCUUCUGUCUUCUCUUCGACAUGGAGGACACCAGCGUCUGCAAAAUUCAGGACUAAUGUUCUUCAGACUCUUUUUCUUUUUUUUCCAGCUGUUCUUUGCUGAAGAGGGUGUGCUGCUCUACUUUUCUUUUUAAAAUACUCCAGCGGUGUUCUAUUAGAUGGACAUCAGGACGCGUGCUUGGCCAGGUCACAGAUUUCAUUUUGUUCUUUUUUCUGAAGCUCUUGUGUGACUUUUGUGCUUUGGAUGGUUCACAUGCUGGAAUAUUUCUCACCUUCAAUCUUCUGCAGACAGGGACUCAUCAUGUCAGGCAGUAGUAUGCUUUAUCCACAGACGUUCAUCUCCCCAACACUUCUUUCCACUCAUGCAGCUCCGUAUGAACACGUUGCUUCACUGUCAGGACUAUGCGUUCUCUGUGGUAGUCCUGGUCAGGUUCACAUCAAACAUGCUGGACUUAAUUUAUCUGGAUCUCAUCUGACAAAAAAAAAACGUGCUCCCAACUUUCAUCAGGCUUCUUUUCAUGCUAUUUAACAAGUUUUCAUUUGGUAGUUUUCUGCUGAAGAGCAAACCAAUGUAGUUUUCUUGGCCUCUGUCCGUAGAAGAUGAUGCUAUGAAGUGAAGCUGUCACAACCUCUGUGUCUGAGGCAGCUGCCUGUUUGUGUUUUUCAGAGCCACAUCAUGAAAGCAAUGUCCUGUUGGUGGCGUCAUUGUAGGAGGACGACCACUGCAGCUGUGAUUAGUGGUACGAUGGCUCCUUCUAUACUUCCUGAUUACUGCAGCAAUUGUGUUUCCACUGAUUGUUAGUUUUUUACCCCCGUGUUUUUGACCAUCACACAAUGUUCUUACAAUGAUUACAGCUUCUCUAACUUGUGUGUCACUGAUCACAGGUGAUUUUCUACUGUAUUUUCAGUCUUUUUAAAGUAUUUGUUCUCUGGAUUCUUCCUGAAAGGUGACUCAUUUCUGAAUCAUUUGACACUGAAGUGACAUUGCACAGGGCUCAACUGUAGAUGUCAGACAGCGGAGACUAUUCAAUUACACAACAAACCAAAGUGAACAAUGGAAAGAGUUUGUCUCUAUGCAAAUAGUUCCAGUUUGCAAAUACUGUCUAUGAUACCUGUCUGCACAUGGUGAAGCAGCUUCGUUUUGCCUGUGCAUCCUCAGUUUCCCCCCCCCCCAAUGCUAGACUUUAAAAGUUACUCGUGUGCAUGCAGUGCUGUUACAGAAGCGCACUCUGGGAAAAAUGAUUUUGUUGUACUUUUCUUCAAAUUAGCAGGAAAAGUUUGACAAACUCGUCAGCCUUCACCCACAGUAUACGCCGGGUGAUGUUUGUUUGUGCAAAUCUAAUUUACUGUAUCUUUCCUCUGUAAAUACUGUUGCUUGUGCUGCUGUUGAACAGAUCAGGGCUGAGCCAGGAGAUUUUUAUUUUUUUUUGUAAAUCUGCCAUCAUUGAUAGAAAUGAGGUUUCAGGGCUGUUGUAUUAUACUGCUCUAUUUUUACCUAAUCGUAUCAAAUAGCCAGCCUGGCAAUUGUAAAGAAUAAUAAAACCAAGUCCUCGGUCGACGUCUAUCAUGGAGCUGACUCACUUGGUGAAUGAUAGAAGCUCUCUGGUAAUUGUAGAAAUGCAGCACAAAGAAAUGAGGUUUCAGUUUUCACAGGAUCUUGAAUUGAUGAGAACGAAAGAACAUUUAUUAUAGAAACUGCAGCCAAAUUGCCAAACACUGAGUUGUAAUGACAAACAAAAUCAGUAAUUCUUGCAGUGAUUUCAGGCAACUAAGAUCUUAGAUGUAAAAGAAGUUUUGACUACCUGAAUUUUCUCUAAAAUCUUUUGUAUUGAUAUAUUAUUAUCUUACAGGUAAGCCAACAAGAAACUAUUUUCUAUAGUUUAGAUAAUAGCCGUCAGUUUCCAGGAGUACACAGAGUGUUAUUUGUCUGUCUGUCUUGUUUUCUGUCACGUUAAGAUCAGGGAGGAACUGUAUGUGACAUUUUGACACCAUUUUAUAAUUUUGGAUUCAGUUUUCGCAGCUUUUCCUGAUGCAUAUUAAUGCUAUGUGCUAACUGUAAUCGCUGUGAAACGCUCUUAAAAAUAAACUCCAGUGUGACUCUGA